AUGGACUCCAAAGCCAAGGCCAUUGCCUGUCUCCUGGCAGCCACCUGUGUCUGCAGUGUCAUCGCCCUCAUUCUGAGUGUUGUGAAUGUGAAGGAUGUGUUUCUUCCGCCCAGCACCAAGUACGGUCUGGUGUUUGAUGCUGGCUCCACACACACGUCCCUCUACAUCUACCGGUGGCCUGCGCACAAGGAGAACGGCACCGGCAUCGUCUCCCAGGUGGAGGCCUGCUCUGUGUCCGGACCCGGCAUCUCCAGCUAUGCAGACGACCCCGCGGGGGCUGGCACCAGCCUGAAGCCUUGCCUGGACAAGGCAAUGAAGAUCAUCCCGGCCGAGCAGCAGCGGGAGACCCCCACGUACCUGGGGGCCACGGCCGGCAUGCGGCUGCUGAGGGAGGAGAACAGCACCAAGGCCGAGCAGGUCUUUGCCGAGGUGUCCAAGGCCAUCGGGGAGUACCCUGUGGAUUUCCGCGGAGCUCGGAUCCUGACGGGGAGCGAGGAGGGCUCCUUUGGCUGGAUCACUGUCAACUACCUGCUGCAGACGCUGGUCAAGUUCUCGUUUGCAGAGAAAUGGGAACAUCCCCAGGACACCGAGGUUCUGGGAGCUCUGGACCUUGGCGGUGCCUCGACGCAGAUCACCUUCCAGCCCGGGGUCCCUGUGGAGGACAAGAACACGUCCGUGUUCUUCCGGCUGUACGGCACCAACUACUCCCUGUACAGCCACAGCUACCUGUGCUACGGGCAGAGCCAGGCCCUGAAGAUGCUUCUGGCAGCUCUGCACCAGGCCAGCUCGAGUGCUCAGAUCUCCCACCCCUGCUACCCCCGGGGGUACCAGGAGAACCUCACCGUGGCAGAGCUCUACAACAGCCCCUGUGUGCAUGCGCCAAGCUCAGCCAGCCCUGGCCAUGUCCUCAGGGUGAUGGGGACAGGGAACCCAGCCGAGUGUGGCACGGCCGUGCAGAGACUCUUCAACUUCAGCUGUGGGGCGCAGUGGCCGUGCGGGUUCAAUGGGGUGUACCAGCCCCCUGUGCGGGGACAGUUCUUUGCCUUUGCUGGGUUCUACUACACCUUCCACUUCCUGAACCUGACCCGCCAGCAGUCUCUGAGUGAAGUCAACACCACAGUCCUGUCCUUCUGCAGGAGGAGCUGGACAGAGCUGGUGCAGAGCUUCCCACAGGAUUUGAAGUACCUGCACACGUACUGCUCCGUGGCCAUUUACAUCCUGACGCUGCUGCUCGAUGGCUACAAGUUCAAUGAGCACACCUGGAGCAACAUCCACUUCAGCAGGCAGGCAGCAAACACAGACAUUGGGUGGACACUGGGCUUCAUGCUGAACUUCACCAACAUGAUCCCUGCUGAGGCUCUGCUGCAUGUCAAGGGCCACCAGCCCAGCCUGUGGGCAGGGGCUGUCUCCUUCCUCGUGCUGGCCAUUGUGGCAGGCCUGGUGGCUGUUUUCCUACAGUGUUUCUGGAAAACAAAGUAG